UUAGUGAAACAUUUAUUUUAGAAUCAACUUGUAUUUUUCAAGACUGAAACAACGAAAGGCAUUUCCUGAGGAACUGCAAGGAUGAGCAGCAUGAAAGGACAACAGUGGAGGACAUGUGGAACUUUAGUAGUGCUCCUUAUUUUUCAAGUUCAGAUUUUUGGUUUCAAUGUUGACAAUCAACCUGCAACAGAUGUCUGCUCGACACACACCAUUUUACCUGGACCAAAAGGAGAUGACGGUGAAAAAGGAGAUCAAGGGGAGGUUGGAAAACAUGGAAAAGUAGGCCCCAAAGGACCAAAAGGAAACAAAGGAGCAGUGGGGGAUAGUGGGGAUCAGGGAAUGAUUGGGAAAAUUGGCCCAAUCGGUGGAAAAGGUGACAGAGGAAUCAAAGGUUUAACUGGGGUGUCUGGAGGGAAGGGAAAAGCAGGCACAGUCUGUGAAUGUGGGAGAUAUCGCAAAGUUGUUGGACAACUGGAUAUUAAUGUUGCUCGACUCAAGACAGCCAUGAAAUUUGUCAAAAAUGUAAUAGCAGGAAUCAGGGAAACAGAUGAGAAAUUCUAUUACAUAGUCCAAGAAGAAAAGAGCUACAAAGAGGCCGUGACCCACUGCAGGAUCAGAGGAGGGAUGCUGGCAAUGCCAAAAGAUGAGGCAGCCAACGCACUGAUUGCUGAUUACAUCUCCAAGAGCGGCCUCUUCCGCGUGUUCAUUGGGGUGAACGAUAUGGAAAAGGAAGGGCAGUUCAUGUAUGCAGACAACACUCCACUGCAGAAUUACAGCAAUUGGAAGGAAGGGGAACCAAAGAGCACGUCUGUGCAUGAGGACUGCGUGGAAAUGCUCAGCACGGGAGAAUGGAAUGAUUCAGAGUGCCAUCUGGCUAUCUACUUUGUCUGUGAAUUCAAGAAGAGAAAAUAAAAUGCCAAAGUGCUUGCAGGGCAGCUUCUGGACCUGCUAUAAUUUCUCCUGAUUUAUCCAUUAGAGGUGAUGCUUUGGGCAGGGCUAGGAGGGAUAGGGCCUGAUGCUGCACUCACAUACACUGGUGUAAAGCAGGAGUAACUCUGUUUAAGUCAGUGGAGUUAUACUGGUGCACGUGGAGUCAGAAUCAGGCCUGCAGAGGGCUCCUAGCUUCCCAACUCAUGGGGAAUUUCAGUGAUUUUUAUUUGGGGUUUAAAGUUCUUGGGCUAAAUUUAGAACCAGCAUGAAUGAGUCUGACUCCAUUGUUGGAGUGACAGUAUGUGAAUAAUGGGGAAAGUAACUGGUGGAACAGCUUAUUGAAACGUUGCACAAACUCCACCGAGGGAGAAAGUGUGGCUUUUAGCCACACCAGCACUGCACUGGGGGUGGCGCACAACCACACUGCUCCACAGGCAGCACCAGAUGGUAGACUGCACCAGGGAGGCACAAUAUUUUCUGCACCUCCCUAGUUCUGUUAGGGAGUGGAGGAGUAGUAUGCAAUGUCCUUUUAAGAGCUGUGAAAAAUCUCCUGUACUGUUCCCAUGGUAGCUGGAUGGAUAUGCUGGCUGGUAUGGAGCAUCACUCCACCUACUCCCCACCUCUCCCUGCCCAGUUGCUCUGAGGUAGGGGUUGCUGGGUCUGGGACUCCAGGGGGUGCUGGACCACUGCACUGUUCAGCCUUUUGCUUUCUCCAGUAAUUGGCUGGCUGUGGUUUUGUUGGUUUGGUUUUUGGAUUGGGUUUUUUUCCUCAGUCGCUUGGGGGAUGAGAGGUGAGCACCAAAAAUGUUUUCUGCCCUGGUCAGCUUACUGGCUAGGGCUGCUCCUGCUUGCAUGGGCAAGUGGUCAGCAAUGAAAGCAAAGGCUUUGCUAUCAGAUCCCAGCUAUUUAUUAUUCUACUUUGUCAUUUACCUAAGAGGCCAUAUUUUGAUACCCUUGCUGGUGCUUCCUUCCUGAGUACUCCUGGCGAAAUCAUUGGGGCUGCUCCAAGACCCUCUGUAGGAAAUACUCCAAGAUCAUUUGGAUAUCGGGCUUGAUUUUAACCAAGAUUUUAAAGAAGUGUAGGAUAUAACAUUUUAGAAAGUGAUUUAGGUGCUUAGGAGACUAAGGCUAUGUCAAUACUACUGUGGUAAGUCGACCUAGGCUACGCAACUCCAGCUACGUGAAUAAUGUAGCUGGAGUCAAUGUACCUUAGGUCAAGUAACAUUUGGCAGUAACAUUUGUGUAAUUUUUUCCUUUAUAGAAAAAAAAAAGAGUUAAAUGUAAAAAUAUCCUACCUGUGCAUUCAUACAACAUUAUGGUUAACAUUAUGGUUAAGAUUUGGUUACUAACUUUUUAUUAAAGGUAACCAAAAUUUAAGGCAAUACAAUUAUUUUAUUAAUGUAUUAAAAGAAAGGUUGACAAGACAAAAAGUAGGGGAAAACAAUGGAGUUGAGACUCAGAGUAGUUUAGU